GGGCCGCGCCCGUGCCCGCGCCAUCCCCCUGCCGGCAGGUCCCCGAGCCCGUCAGAGCCACAGCCGGGAGGCAGUCGUGCGCAGCGAGCGGGUGGCGCAGGAGUCUGGGGUCCCCGAGCGCCCAGCCCGGGAGCAUGAUCGUGGACAAGCUGCUGGACGACAGCCGCGGCGGAGAGGGGUUGCUGGACGCGGCCGGCGACGGUGGCCUCAUGACCAGCCCGCUGAACCUGGCCUACUUCUACGGCGCAUCGCCCCCGGCCGCGGCCCCGGGCGCCUGCGACGCCAUCUGCUCGUCGUCGGGGCCCUCCGCGCCCGGCUCGCCCGGCUCGGACUCCUCCGACUUCUCCUCCGCCUCGUCCGUGUCCUCCUGCGGGGCCGUGGAGUCCCGGCCGAGAGGUGGCGCGCGCGCCGAGCGGCUGCAAGUUGAGCCCCAUAUGGGGGUUGGAAGGCAGCAGAGAGGACCCUUUCAAGGUGUUCGUGUGAAGAACUCAGUGAAGGAACUCCUGUUGCAUAUCCGAAGUCAUAAACAGAAGGCUUCUGGCCAAGCUGUGGAUGAUUUUAAGACCCAAAGUGUGAACAGAGAGCAAUUCACAGAAUUGAAGAACACAGUGUCAUAUAGUGGAAAAAGGAAAGGACCUGAUUCAUUGUCUGAUGGACCAGUUUGCAAAAGGCCAGCUUUAUUACAUACCCAGUUUUUGACACCACCUCAAACACCAACACCCGCAGAGAGCAUGGAAGAUGCUCAUCACAGUGAAUCCAAACAGGACAGCAGUGCUGAUCUGCUUCAGAACAUAAUCAACAUUAAGAAUGAAUGCAGCCCGGUUUCCCUGAAUACUGUCCAAGUUAGUUGGAUGAGCCCUGUGGUGGUCCCUCAGGGCUCUCCCCAAGAACAGUGUCAGGACUUCCACAGAGGGCAGGUCUUCUCGCCACCUCAGAAACACCAACCAUUCCAAGUCAGCAGCUCCCCACACAUGGUGGAUCAGACGUCCCUGUACCAGUAUUCUCCACAGAGCCAGAACUUGCAGCCACAGCACUACACCCACAACCCAACUCUGGAAUACAGUCCUUAUUCCAGAACGUCCCAGUCCCCCAAUUAUGAACCGAACCUCUUUGAUGGUCAAGAACCACAGUUCUGCCCAGAUCAAAGUUUUGCAUCCCUUCUGAGUAGUCAGGAAUCUGAGAAUAUUGCUGUUCCCAUUCAGAAUACCCCCAGUGUUCAGCAACAGAAUGACGCACACCUGCAGAACUUCAACAUGAUGCCACAUGGCGCCUGUGAGGCCAUGAUGGGGCAUGACGCAGGCUCUACCCCUUUAGGCACUUCACUGCCAUUCCCAAACAUCAUCGGAAAUCCAAUGAACACCACACAGUUAGGGAAGUCAUUUUUCCAGUGGCAAGUAGAACAGGAAGAAAGCAAAUUGGCAAAUAUCUCUCAAGAUCAGUUUCUUUCAAAGGAUGCAGAUGGUGACACGUUCCUCCAUAUUGCCGUCGCCCAAGGGAGAAGGGCACUUUCCUAUGUCCUCGCAAGAAAGAUGAAUGCGCUUCAUAUGUUGGAUAUUAAAGAGCACAAUGGACAGAGCGCCUUUCAGGUGGCAGUGGCUGCCAAUCAGCAUCUCAUUGUGCAGGACCUGGUGAACCUUGGGGCCCAGGUGAACACAACCGACUGCUGGGGAAGAACCCCUCUGCAUGUCUGUGCUGAGAAAGGUCACUCUCAGGUGCUUCAGGCAAUUCAGAAGGGAGCAGUGAAGAGCAAUCAGUUUUUGGAUCUUGAGGCAACUAACUAUGAUGGCCUGACUCCUUUACACUGUGCGGUUGUGGCCCACAAUGCAGUGGUGCAUGAACUGCAGAGAAAUCAACAGCCCCAUUCACCUGAAGUUCAGGAGCUUUUGCUGAAGAAUAAGAGUCUGGUUGACACCAUUAAAUGUCUGAUUCAAAUGGGAGCAGCAGUGGAAGCAAAGGAUCGUAAAAGUGGUCGCACAGCCUUGCAUUUGGCAGCUGAAGAAGCAAACUUGGAACUCAUUCGCCUUUUUCUGGAGCUGCCCAGUUGCCUGUCUUUUGUGAAUGCGAAGGCUUACAAUGGAAACACUGCCCUCCAUGUUGCUGCUAGCCUUCAGUAUCGGGUGACACAGUUGGAUGCGGUCCGCCUGUUGAUGAGGAAGGGAGCAGACCCAAGUACUCGGAACUUGGAGAAUGAACAGCCAGUGCAUUUGGUUCCUGAUGGCCCUGUGGGGGAACAGGUGGGAGCUACAGAAGGGGCACUUAGUCUGAAACAUAAAGGAAGAUGCGGUUGUGCUGGGCAGAGGCGAGUUGGUGCUCUUAGGGCAGGCUCUGUCAGUGUCUGCGUCUCCCAGUGCCUUUGGUAGCAACUUUGGGGUCCAUUGCUUUGUUUCUAAAGGAAGAGGAAGAAAUUUGGGGGUUAUCCAUGGCCUCAAAAUGGUCAAAAGUCAUAUUGUCUUCUCUUCUGUAACACAGAGUUAGGUGUAGAGUCAGUCAGAGUGGUUUGAGGUUUUGGAAGCUGAUGAAAGAGGAGGUGCCAGAGCUCCUGCAGACAUUGAGGAAAGAGAGUCUUAGUUUUGGUGAGUGAUGGGCCUUCAGACUGUGGGUAUGAAAUGAGUCAGUCCCUGUAGAGUGUUCAGAAUAGCCCAGGGACAUAGUGAGUGGUCAGUAAACAUUGGCCAUUACAGUUAUUUCUAUCUACUAACUGAUACUAAAUAGGAAAUGGAAGGUUGUUUAUGUAAUUCAGAAUCUAGAAAUACUUUAAACACAGUUAUGCUUUAUUUCUAUGGUGAUACAUUAUCUUUGGAGAUUGAAGAGUUUCCCAUGACUCAACUUCUCUUGAUAAUAAGAACUGAAUCUUUUCAGAACUUAAGAUACAUAUAUAUAUAUUUUAAAGUUUAUUUAUUUAUUUUGAGAGUGAGAGCGAGGGGGGUUGGGGCAUAGAGGGGGGUGAAGAGAGAGUCCCAAACAGGCUCCAAAUUGUCAGUGCAGAGCCCGAUGCAGGGCCCCAUCUCACUGUGCGUGAGAUCAUGACCUGAGCCGAAAUCAAGAGUCGAACAUUUAACCGACUGAGCCACCCAUGUGCCCUAGAACUUAAGAUAUUUUUGAUGGAAAUCUUCCCCUGGGGUAAAUGAGGGUAACUGUGGCUACGGGCAGGUCAUUACAAACUUUGAUAAUCACAAAAUAAAACAUAUGGAAUGCAAUUUAGCCUUUUCUUUGAUUCAUAGCCCUCAUUAUGACCAUAAUGUUACAGGACUACAAAUGCUAUGCAAUGUUACAGCAUCUACAAAUGCUAUUUGUAGAGCUCUUGGUAACUUAAAGUGAAUUUCUUAAUAAUUUGUGAAGAGUUUUCAUGUAUGUUAUACCACUUCAUAGUUACAAAAACUUUGCAGUGUAAAGGUUCAGCUGAGAAAAUGGGGACUCAGAGAUCCCACAGACAGGAAUCCUCAUUGACUAGUAAAUGGCAGAGGCUUAAAGCCCAGUGUUUGCCUCUACUUCACUAUAUGUGGUAUGCAGUCAUACAGCGAUGUUUGUCAGACUGGUGUGUAAAUUUAAUCACUAGGCAUACAUUAUGCACAGAUGCUUUAAUUGGAUAUCAUGGCGGCUAUUCUCAUUUGAAGGGUAUUUGAAGAUUGACUUGUGUGUGUAUGAAGUGGGUUCUGUGUUCUUGUUAGUUCAAGCUGGUUUCAAAAUAGGUGAGAUACUGUAAUAUACCAUUGUUACUGCCUUGUAUUAAAUGUUCUCACAAAUAGCAGUAUUAGAGACUAGGAAAGGAUUAUAUAGGUCUUAUUUAAGCUGUUGGAGAUUUUCAACUUUAAGUAGUUUUUUUCUUUUUAAUAUUUACUUAUAUUUGAGAGAGAGAGUGAGAGAGCGAGCACACU